AUGAAGGAACGUGGGCAGGCUGUGUCGAGAAAUGUUAACUCCAUCGCCUGGUACGCAGGAUGUCCUGAGGGCGGCGACGCUGCGGGCGGCGCGACGAUGGAGAAGGCGGUGGGCAAGGUGGCGCACGAGAUGCAGCGCAACUCCGUCUCCGACGACGACGUCCCAUGCCGCGCCCUUGAGGAGUACACGUGGGUCCCACCAGGACUCGAGCCCGAGCAGGUCCACCGCUAUUUCCGCUGCCUGCCCGAGGACCGCGUGCCGUACGUCAACAGCCCCGGAGAGAAGUACCGCUUCGAGCAGCUGCUGCGCCAGCUGCCGCCGCCCGACGACCAGGUGGGGUACUGCAGCUCUCUGGGCGAGGAGGAGAAGCAGGAGCUGAAGCAGUUCAGCGCUCGGCGCAGGCGCGAGGCGCUCGGCCUGGGAGCCGUCAAGACCUUCCCCGUCACGACCCUGGAGGGCGCGACGUGCGAGCAGUGCGGCGGCGGCAUCGGCGGAGGCGAGGUGGCGGUGUUCGCGUCGCGUGCGGGGCACCCCCCGUGCUGGCACCACCCCGCCUGCUUCGUGUGCGCCGCGUGCCGGGAGCUCCUCGUAGACCUCAUCUACUUCUUGGCGGACGGGAAGCUCUACUGCGGGCGGCACCACGACGAGCGCUUCAAGCCGCGCUGCGGCGCGUGUGACGAGAUCAUCUUUGCGGACGAGUGCACGGAGGCGGAGGGCCGCCACUGGCACACGCGCCACUUCAGCUGCGCCCAGUGCCACGUGGCGCUGGGCGGACGGAGCUACGUCAUGGAGCACGGGCGCCCCUUCUGCUGCCCGUGCCUGCGGGCGUGGCACGCGGCGGCGGCGUGCCGGAGCCGCCACCGGCACAUCGGCCUGCAGCAGGAGGAGGAGCGGCGCGUGACGCACGCCGGCCGGGUCUGGCACACGAGGAGCGACCGCUGCCUGGGAGGAGACGGCGGCGGCGAAGCGACCGACCCGGCCUUCCGGAGCUCGCGGGACCCUCGCCGCGGCAUCCGCACGACCCCCGCCGGAGCCGGCACCGGCGCUCGAAAGCCGCUUGCCAUUGAAGCGCCAAAGUCGCCCGGCUACAGCCCGGAGGCGGCGUCGGCGCAGAGCCCCCUCGGCGAGCCGGGGAGCGUGCCGGGAUUCCGCGGCUAUGCCGAGUCGUCAUCGCGAGGCGCCGCCGGCGCGGCUGCUGCCAUGAUGUCGGCGUACGAGCCGGACCAGACUCCGAAGAAGCCCCGGGCUUUCCCGACGCGGCGCUCGGUGACGUUUGGCUGCGGGAGGAGCUCCCCCGAGGCGGCGAUGGGAGGCGCCGGCGGCAACCCGCCGGUCGACUGCGACCACACUCCGUACGGCCUUCCCAAGAGCCGGCAGCGGACGCAAGAUGGCCCCCGGGGUGGCGGCGGCAGCGGCGUCCGGCAGGCCGCCCACGAGGCAGCGGACGAGAUGAGUUUCCCGCCGUCUCCUUCGCCGGGGUCGUGCGUCCAUGAGGGAUGUCGCGAGGGGGCUGCGGCGGCGGCGGCCUUCAGCGGCAGGGAGCCGCGGCAACAUUCGCGGCUCAGUGCGGCCGUGCGGGGGCUGAUAGACGUGGGAUGGGCGUCACCGCAUGACUCCGACAGCACCGGCCUCUCGGUGGACACUGACGGCAAAUCGCCCGACCAGCCGUCCAAGUCCGUCGGCGGCGGGUGCGGCCUCGGCUCGGCGGAGAAUCUCAGCGCGGCGGGCCCCCUCGCCUCCGCCUCUCGCUGCCGCAGCGCCGAGUCGCGCUCCGGCCUCCGCUGGAGCCGGCGCCCCUCCGAGCACGAGCGGGGCCGCCCCUCCCAGCCGGCUCCCCUCCAUGGCUGCGACCGUGCGCUCCGCUCCCAGUCGCAGCCGCGCUUCCUCGCGCAGUUGGAACCGAGCGAGCGACCCCGCCACCGCAGCCGGCGGCGGCGGCGUCACCGCCGCUCACGCGAGCCGCGGAGCUCGCGCUCGGAGAACGCGCUGCACGAGCCCGCGGCCGUGGAACGGAGCCGGCGCCGCUUCGAGGACGAGCCGGGGGCGCGCGCGCACGAGGACUGCGAGCGGCUGACGCGGCGCAAGUCCGAGAUGGACGUGGGGGCGCGGGGCGGCCACCCGCAGGCGCCGCCGCGCUCCGUCUACGCGCCGGACGACUUGGCGCUCGACCCGGACGACGGGCGGGACGACAGCUCGGACGACUGGUGCUCCACCUGCUCCUCGUCUUCCUCGUCGGACUCGGACGACGACGGGUUCUUCCUGGGGCAGCCGAUCCCGCGCACCGUGCUCGUGCUGUCGCUGCGGUGCUGCGAGGGCGGCGGCGGUGAUGCCGCGGCGAUGGCGGCGGGGACGGUGGCGGGGACGGUGGGGUACGGCGGGCGGUCACCACACUCCAUCACGAUGCCAGCGAUGUCGAGGAAGCAGCAGAGCCGGCGCAGGAAUAAGAACUGCAUCAUCUCGUAGC